AUGACGGCUAGUAUGGAUUUCCCUACUGCGCCGCUUUCGCACACACAAUGGCCCGGCGCCGUCAACCCUAUGACGCCUCACCAUCAACAGUCCGCCACGCCUGCCUCGAACCACCCUCAGAAGUAUAUGACAGAUUGCCCCGAUGUGAUGGAUUUGGAUACCAUGAGGAGCGGUCCUCUAUCUGCGGUAUCGCCUGAUGGUCGUCUCGAUGGCCGGGCUGGCAGUGUCAACAUUGACGACCCUGAUGUGAGAUUGGCUGCCGAAGCCCUUGGGGACCUGCGAGCUGACUUUGUUUCGUCUCCGUCCCACAUGAGUGCUUCCCUUCCUCUGAGCCCUCCGGCACCAACCGCACAGCCCGCCACUCGUUCACAGUCACCACAGGGCCCGGAGCCCCUGUUCUCCUUACUUACAACAUCCCAUCCUCUCUUAGCUACCACGAUUGAGGGAGCCACAUCGGCUUAUGGUGGUGCCAAGAACUUUUCACCUCGAUUCAAGUCUGGAGCCGAAUACGUAGAGGGCUAUCUUACGCCAAUUGCCAACACUGUCGGGUCCGUUGGUCGUGUCACUGGCGUGGAAGGAGGUGUGCGCUGGUUCCUUGGUGCGGGCCGUCGCCAACGAUCGGAUGUUGAAACCGGUGCCGGUUCGAAGAAGCGACGAAAGGUUGAGUCCGAGGCGGAAAUGAUGUCAAGGAAACGGUUGGAGGCCGAAGGAUUGGCAAGCCCCCCUCAGGCCUCCUACCCGUCAACUCCAAAGGAUGGUCGGCGGAUGUCUUUCGCCAGCACGGUGGACACGCUGCCGGCGUACGAUGACGUUCGUUCACCUGCUUAUACCGAGACCAAUGACAACCAGUCAUCGCAACCCAAUGGACAGCAGCAGGCAAACCCCGCAGCCUGGCAGUCGCGUCUCAUCAUGUCUACCUCUGGCCUGAGCGUGGCAAUGAGUGAGGAGAGCCUUCGCAGCCUCAAGUACUGCCUGCGCUGGCUGAAAUGGGCAAACGAGCAUAUCGGAGGUGUUGUCGGGAAUUUGAAGACUACCCUUGAACAAUACGAGAAACCACCCGCCGAAGCGGGACAGGCCGAUUCAACCGAGAGCGCCCGAGAUGACGGCGGUCUUGAUGAGCAGAUGGAGAGGGCUACGUCGCCAGAGACCCGUGCCGAGUUAGCGACACGCAUUAAUACUCUGAAAGGCGAUGUCCUGAAGACACUGCAGGAUGCAAUCAAUAUGGUGUCAAGAUAUGCUGGAGGAGCGCUCCCAGAGAAUGCCCGUGUCCUGGUGCGCCGCCAUCUUACGAGCCUUCCACAACGCUUCCGUGUCGCUGCCAUGUCUGAAUCUAAUAGCGCAUCCGGCGCUCCAGACAGCGACUCAGCCGUUCGUGAUGGAGCACAGCGAGUACUCCUUUUGGCGAAAGAAGGACUUGAUAUGGUGUCCCAGGUUAGCGGCGUGUUGGAUGGUACCAUUGUGAGCGCCGAGGAGUGGUGCGAGCGCAUUGGGAAGAAGAGAAGGGAUAGCAGGGAGGCUCAGGAACAGCCUAUCCUGCCACAGACAGAGCCCAACGGGGAUGUGAAAAUGGGCUAA